AUGACCGUUGCCCCUUCGGCACCUGCCUUGUCAGGCGACAUACACGAUCCAACCAGCGCAGCAUACAAGAAGGCGCGUCGCAAGCACUGGAAGUCAACCCGAAACAGACCCGAGAACCGGGCCGACACCGAGUGGACUCCCUUCCGUGCGGCGGAGAAGAAUGUGUUGGAUGUGGCUGCUGCAGACCCAUCGAGACUGGAGGAGACGGCUAGAGGGGGGUGGCGAGGACGUGCAGACGCUGUGGAAUGUACACAGAUUUCUCUGCGGGGAGGAAGGACGGGAUUCAUGUUCCCGGGCACUCCUGGCCUUGUUCUGUUACCUGCUUUUGCGGCUCCCGUCGACCAGCGAUCGCUUAUUCGAUGGGCCCUAUGCGAACAAGCCCAGGACCCCAACGAGACAAACCUCGACACGCACUACGUGUUGCCGAAAUCAGGCUUGUGGAAUACAUACAUCCGCGUCCUAAGAGGCGAGUGUGAUGAUGAGGAGGUCGUUCCCCGCGCAAGUGUCGUCGUUCAGGACGAAUCAGCCACUGUUCCCCCGCCUCCUGGUCCACGCCAGCUGAUCUCGAACGAGCCUGCAAGCACCGACAACCUUGUUGCUCUUGCGGGAACAUCCAAACCGCGCGCUUCCCCUUCGCAAGCUCUGAGACCCGUUCCGAUUUCCAGUCUGGUACCGAAGCUGCGAUGGGCAAACAUUGGAUGGUUCUACCACUGGGGAACGAAACAGUACGACUUCACCAAAGGGCCGGGCGAGAUUGCGGCAUCUGUUCGGGGUGUCUGCAGGAGCGCAGUGGACGCGGUUCCAUGGGAUGAAGUGUUCAGUGGCCAGAACGCUGGGCCUCUGGCAGACUGGGGUAGUCAUGAACCAGACUGGGUGAAUUGGAGGGAGACGUACGAGCCUGAUGCAGGUAUAGUCAACUUCUAUCAAACAAACGACACGCUCAUGGCGCAUGUCGACCGCUCGGAGCUGUGCGCGACUUCCCCGCUUGUGUCUGUUUCGCUCGGAUGCGCCGCCAUAUUCCUCAUCGGGGGACACACUCGCGACGAAGCUCCUACCCCUAUCCUGCUCCGGUCGGGAGAUGUGGUUAUUAUGUCAGGACCUGCGUGCCGUAGGGCUUUCCACGGCGUGCCUCGUGUCCUGGAAGAGACCCUCCCACCUCAUCUCGAAAGCACCAGCGCCUCGGAUGACUGGGACCCCUACGCAAGCCACCUCCGGACAACGCGAGUCAAUGUCAACGUCAGGCAAGUCUUUCCCAAGGGCUUCGAUCCUGUAUCAGAGAUGGAUCCGCGGAAGUGA